GUCAGUUGUAGAUAAUAGGUACCUAUAUGUGUAAUUUAGCGGAACGAUUUUGUAAUUUAUUAAAUUGUUAGAUUGAAUUGAACUUUGUUUACAAUUGAGAGUAGUGACAAUUGUAUUUCUUUAGUUAAGUGUGUUCUUAUCUGUGCUAGAUAAGAUAAUUUAGUUUUAUAAGAAUGGGUUUAUUACGAUUUGGAGUAAAGAAUUGUUUGCAAUACAGGCAAAUGCAUUUGCUAAAGAAUCAGGCUUACGUUAAUGGACAGUGGGUGAAAGCUGGAAGCAAUGUAGUUUUUUCAGUAAAUAACCCAGCGGACGACUCUGUUAUAACGGAAGUUCCUGAUAUGGACGCUAGUGACGCAAAAAAUGCCAUUCAGGCUGCGGCGAGUACUUUUGAGACUUGGAAGAAUACGACAGCGAAAGAACGCUCUCAAAUAUUAAGGAGGUGGUUUAAUUUAUGUGAAAAGAAUACGGACGAACUAGCGAAGAUAAUAACAGCUGAAUCAGGCAAACCGUUAGCUGAGGCCAGAGGGGAAGUAGCUUAUGGCAAUUCAUUUCUAGAGUGGUUUGCUGACACUGCCCGCCAUAUUAAUGGAGAAAUCGUUCCUAGUCCAUGGCCCAAUAAGCAGAUUUUGCUCACAAGACAACCAGUUGGAGUUGUGUCUGUAAUUACUCCAUGGAACUUUCCUUUUGCAAUGAUAACACGGAAAGUUGGUGCUCUAAUGGCAGCCGGGUGUACUUGUGUAAUCAAGCCAUCAGAAGACACUCCACUUUCGGCUCUUGCCGCUGCUGAACUAGCAGAACAAGCUGGUGUACCUACAGGAGUUAUCAAUGUCAUUACAACUAGUCGAAAAAAUGCUCCAUCAGUUGGUAAAGUCAUGUGUGAGGAUGAUGCUGUUAGGUGUAUAUCUUUUACGGGUUCUACACAAGUUGGUAAAACUUUAUAUGGACUUGCUGCAAAUGGGGUGAAAAGAGUCGCAUUAGAGUUAGGUGGCAAUGCACCAUUUAUAGUUUUCCCCAGUGCAGACAUUGAACAUGCAUUAGACCAGGCAAUGUUAGCAAAAUUCAGAAAUAAUGGCCAGGCAUGCAUUGGAGCUAACAGAUUCUUGAUACAUGAGGAUGUGUAUGACAAGUUUGUUAAAGGAUUUAAGAGUCGAAUUGCCCAGAAAUGUAUCCUGGGCCCUGGCACCAAGGAGGGUGUGACAUGUGGGCCACUCAUUAACAAUCAGCAAGCAAAGAAAGUGUCCAGUUUGGUUGAUGAUGCAAUAUCUAAAGGUGCAAAAGCAUUGGUCGGAGGUAAAUUUGCAACAGAACUUGGUAAUAAAUAUUAUGAAUCAACAUUGUUGAUUAAUGUGAAACAGAGCAUGUCAAUAUUUACAGAAGAAGUAUUUGGACCCGUGGCCACAUGUCUAAAAAUUAGUAGUGAAGAUGAGGCACUUAAAAUCGCAAACAGUACAAGAAGUGGCCUUGCUGCUUAUGUUUUCACCAAGGAUUUAGGUCAAGCAUUCAGAAUGUCUAACAAGUUGGAGUUUGGGAUGGUUGCUAUAAAUGAUGGAAUAAUAUCGGCAGCUGAGCCAGCUUUUGGUGGGAUUAAGGAGUCUGGUAUUGGGAGAGAAGGCAGCAGACAUGGUGCUGAAGAGUACACUGAUUUAAAAUACACUCUCAUGUCUUGCCUAGACAAAUGAACAGCUUCUCUGUAUACACUUAUUAUUAAUAUAUGAGGAUAUAUUACAUUGCAUUUGUUGCCAUAUUAUAUUUUUAAGAUAAGUUAUAUUUUUGUUAUUAAUUUUAAAACUAUUUUAAUUCUGUACUUGGUUUUGUGUAUGAAUCAAUGUACAAAUUUCAUACAAGUUAUAUAAUAUUUAUGAAUUUGGUAUAGUUAUGUUGAUGCUGGAGAUUGUUACUGGUAGAAUUUAGAAUUAAUCUUUAUAAGUGAUUACACUUAUAUUUUUGCAGGUUUUACUAUUAUAAAUUUUAGAGCCUGACGCAUUUCACCUGUUAUAUCUUAAUAUAUUUAUUGCAGUAUAAUUAAUUUUACAAUGGGAUAAACCCAAUUAAUCUUAAUCUUAUUUAUAUUUUAAUGUUAUUAUCUACUAUAACAGCAAAAUAAAACUUGUAGAGUAUAAGUGUUCCCAUUUAUAAAGUCAAUAUAAUUGCAUAUAACUUAUUCUACCAAAGAUUUCUUCUUUCUAUAUUUAGACAAUAUAAAUGCAUUAUUAUACAGGUGAACAGAAGGCACAUAAUGACCAUUACAUACUUAUGGUCAUUAUGUACCAUUAUAAUAACCAAAGAUAGUUUUUCGAAAAUUGAAUAAUUUUUCCAAAGUCUGUUUAAUGAAUACUAUUGCUGAGUUUUGACUUGAUGUAUCCUUUACAUUAUAUUUCAAGUGUAAUAUUGUUAUAUUCAAUUCAUUCCAGUCUUCCAUUGUAUUGUGAUGUAGUUUUAAAGGAAAAAUAACAGUAAAAUUGAAUAGGUAGAUUUAGAAAUUGCAUUUUUUAUUUAAUAUGAUGUGUAUAGUAUCUGAAACCAAAAAAUUGUUUAAACCUUAUAUACAUAAUCUGUAUAAUCACUAUUAUUACUAUUUUAAUUAUAUUAAAAUAUAAAAAUUUUGUUGUAUAAUCA